UCCACUUUUGUAACACAGUAACAGUAGUUUGAGUGGUCCAGUGGUCCUAUUACUCAUAUAUCGUGUUAAUCUUUAAUCAGUAUCAAGGACACAGCUCGUUACUUCAUGUAAUUCGUAGACAGCUGCUCUGAUUAUUAACUUUCCUAAACCAAUUUUACGAAGAACGGAUUAUUACAUGGCGCAAGUAAUAUAUACAUCCUCGUGUAGAUUAUAAUCAGUUACGUCCAUGAAUCUGCUAUUAAUGAGUAGGAAUCAAAACAAUGACGGAUAGUGUUGGUUCUGAUCGUCGAAGCGACACAUCUGGUCACGGACCUGGUGGUGUUACUCCAAUAGCAGGCAGAUUAAGGAUGGAUGCUGUUUGUGUAAUUGACCUCAAUCAAAGUGAAUAUCUAAGCCACAGAAAAAAAGCAUUUGAUGAAGUACGGCAAGCAACUGCUGCAGUAAAUGCUAAUUGCCAUCAUGUCCAGUUUGAAAAGCUUGAUUUUGGUGAGACAACUAUUCUGGAAACUUUUUACAAUGCUGAUGUCGCCCUAGUAGAUUUAUCAAAUCAAGUUCAACAAAGUGCCUUAUUUUAUCACUUGGGUGUGCGAGAAAGUUUUGGCAUGAAGGAAAACAUCUUACUCUAUAAUGAUAAAGACCCAGGACUUACUCUCAUGCUUAAGAGGUCUUGCAGCAAUUACACAUUUGUGUCAUAUCGUACUCUGGAAUGUGGCACAUGUGUUGAAACUGAUCCUUCCACUGCCCGUUUGGGAUGUGGAGAGGAAUCUGGACCAGAACCAGGGUUCAAAAUCCAGUUAUCAAUUAAGCUGAGAAGACUUCUGCAAGAUGUUGAAGUGCAGUCAAAGGCUCAUAUGAAAGAGAAAUUCCUUGCAGAUUUAAGAAAGGCUAGAGAAACAUGGACUGGUCAAGAAUUGAUCAGGGCCCUUCAGGGUAUGAGGAGGAGGCUUGACGAUCCAAAUAUUCUCUCCGGCGAUGUUAUUCUCAAUAUGUUAAUAUCCUUCAGAGAGGUGCAAGACUACGAUGCAAUGGUGACAUUAUUAGAGGAUCUAAAAACGGUACCAAACCGCCGUCAUUACACACACACACCAGCAAUACGGCAUUUGUAUGCUUUCGCUCUUAAUCGCAGAAAUCGAGAAGGAGAUCGGGAGAGAGCUUUGGAAGUAAUGAAAAAGGCGCUUGAAAAAAAAGAAAAUCAUGUACCCGAUAUUCUUUGCCUAUGUGGACGUAUUUAUAAAGAUAUCUUCGUCGAAUCACAACAUAUUGACAUGGAUAGUUUGCAGAAUGCCAUCCACUGGUAUAGGAAAGGCUUUGAAGUGCAACCCAAUGAGUACGCGGGAAUAAAUUUGGCUACCUUACUGGUAAUCGCGGGGAACGAGUUUUCCAAGUCGGAGGAGUUGCAGCACAUUGGUAUGGUGCUAAAUAAUUUGAUAGGACGGAAAGGAUCCCUGUCAUCGUUGAAAGAUUAUUGGGACGUGGCGACGUUUUUCGAGAUCUGUGUUCUGGCCGAAGAUUAUGGCAAAGCCGUCCAGGCAGCAGAAUGCAUGUUCAAACUCAAACCUCCGAAUUGGCAUUUAAAAUCCACCAUUGGUAACAUCACACUGAUCAAUCGCUUUCGCCAUAAAACGGACGAAAGUGCAAGUGCAGCCGGUGAAUCAACGCCAUCUCCUGAAGAGCAAGUCUUCAAUUUCUGGUUAGAAUAUUUUGUUGAAGCUACGAAGGCUGAAACGGAAGAAACCAUUCGAUUUCCUAUUGUAAUCGUGGAACCCACCAAAGUAUUCAUGCCAUCUUAUGUCAAUGUCCAUCUCGGGGCGGAGGAAAAGUCUCUGGAAAUCUGGAACAUGUGUUUGGACAGUUUAUUAGGGAAAUGUCGACAAGUCCACCAUUGGCUAUUUACUGCCGAAAUGAUCAAAAGUGUGUCGCUUUACAAGCGCGAUGAACGGUGCCUCUUCCUUUACGUCCACCAAAACUCAGAUGAUUUUCAAAUGAUCUUUCCAUCGGCCGCGUGUCGUCAAAUGUUUUAUGAUCUUGUUCUUCAACUCACAGCCGAUCUGGGAGAAGCUUUUACAGAUCUCGAUAGUGACUUGACCCCGGGAGCUAUUCGUUAUGAAUACGAACUCGAUGACCAGAGUAGGCGGGUUGUGUUGGGAAAAGGAACCUACGGCGUGGUGUAUGCUGCUCGCGACUUCAAUACACAAGUGCGGAUUGCUGUCAAAGAAGUACCAGAAAAAGAUAUCGGCGAAGUGCAACCCCUUCACGAAGAGAUUAGACUCCACUCUCAAUUGCGCCAUAGGAAUAUCGUCAAAUAUCUGGGCUCCAUCUCUGAAGGGGGAUUUUUCAAAAUUUUUAUGGAGCAAGUUCCAGGAGGCAGUCUAUCCGAGCUAUUGCGAUCAAAAUGGGGCCCCUUGAAAGAGAAUGAGGCAACUAUUGCUUAUUAUACACGACAGAUUCUGCAAGGCUUGAAAUACCUUCAUGACCAAAAAAUCGUGCAUCGGGACAUCAAAGGCGACAAUGUUCUCGUCAAUACGUACAGUGGUGUUGUAAAGAUUUCUGAUUUUGGAACAUCAAAGCGCCUUGCUGGUCUUUGUCUCAGUACGGAAACAUUCACAGGAACUCUACAAUAUAUGGCGCCGGAAGUUAUCGACAAAGGUCAAAGGGGUUAUGGUGCCCCAGCUGACAUUUGGUCCCUUGGUUGUACGAUAGUUGAAAUGGCAACUGGCAAACCUCCGUUCAUCGAAUUGGGAUCACCCGAGGCUGCCAUGUUCAAGGUCGGCUAUUACAAAAUGCAUCCGGAAAUUCCUGUAGAAAUGUCUGAAAGAGCCAAGCAUUUUAUUUUGCGCUGCUUCGAACCCGAUCCAGAUCGACGAGCAACUGCCGCAGAACUGAUGGAGGAAAACUUUUUAUCAGAGAAGAAAAAAAUGGGUCGACUUCCAUCUAACCAAGAAUAUAGUCGAAGCGUUUCUGUUCCCGUUGGCGAUCGGUCCAUGCUCCGGACAGAACGUGGUAGUCACUUGCCAAGAAUGGCUAGUUCUCCUGAAGAAAAUGGUUUCGCCUACAUGACCAAAACAAGUCCGGCCAACACAUCCAUACAUUCGCCAAUGUCAUCACCCGUCACCAUCCCUGCACAAUUAAGCUUUACAACCAGCACUGUAAUGUCACUGGAUGAGGACCCUCUGAUAUGUGGAAGGCGAAGUUCUGCAAAUAGCCAUGGGACAAAUACUGGCCCAUCAUCAGGAUAUUUGAGUCCCUUUCCUCUUAGUCCUGAGGUGGACGGUUGUUCUACCAAAGGCGGAGGCAUCCUGGGCGAAGGUGUCGAACUUUCUCCUGAAGAUGGGUUUUACACCCUUAAGAAAGAUUCGCAGCGAAGACAAACGUUGACGCGUGUCUUAUCGCAAGAUGGGAAGAAAAUUUGUGAAGUUUGGCUUCGUUCCCUGGAAAAAGAAGUAGGACAAACUCCACUCACCGCACCACAUUUACUGACAUUGAUGCGAGGUCUGCGCGACUUCAUCCCAGAACAAAACAAGUCAGCCAUUGAAGCAGCUAUCAGUACCCUUCGGGAAGAAGUUGACUUUGAUAUUUUUGCGCUCAAUCACAUCCAGUUAGCUCUGUACCUGUUCCAGGAUGCGGUCAAUGCCGUUUUACGAAUGCACAGCAUCAAACCUCAUUGGAUGUUUGCGCUUGACAACUUAGUACGUAGCGCGGUGCAAGCAGCUAUAACCGUUUUGAGUCCAGAGCUAGGUGCUAACCUAGCCGGUGGGGAAUCCAGACGGAUUAAAAUGGAUGAUCGAGUUGAUGGAGCGGGCGAGGGGAAACCCGUUGGAAACUGGGAGGAAGCGCGUGAAAGAGUCGAAGAAGGAUCGACUUCAGGUGUUUCUACCAUCAAUUCGAACAAAUCCCCCAAAGAAUCAACGGAGAAUGAACGUUUUCGGGAAGAGCUCAAGAAUGCCUUAGAAACUCUGCGGCGCGACAAUUUGCGUUUAAUGCAGGAAUUAGUGGAUACUCAGCGCAGUUACCAAGAUACCUUACGGACGACUUUGUCGGAACAACAACUACAGAGGCAACUGAUACAACAACUUCUACCGCCAAGGCCGUUGCAAGUUCAGGCAAUUCCAAGUGAAAUUGAUUCUGCGCUAGUUUCCUGGUUGCAGUCGAAUAAUGUAGAGGAAUGUGACAUAGCUUUGUUUACUUCGGAAGGAUACAUACUUAUUGACGUGAUAGAAUUCUUUACAAGGGAAGACCUUCGACGAAUUGGCUUGCGUGGUGGUACCGAAUUGCGUCUGUGGAGAGCAAUUUUAGAACAACGAGCUCAAUCGAAUAUUGCUUAAAUCUAUCAAUGAGUAUAACAAGAAAACCGCACGUUCAGCCGAAUCAAACAAAACAAAAAGCGCAUAAUUAUUGUGUAAUUAACCUCAUAGUCGGCCAAUGAAACUACGCUCUUUCUGAAGUUUUUAGUUGUACUAUUGUCACCAGUAAACAGAAAAGGAUCUGCAGAGCUCUCUGCCAACAAGAUCUUUUAUGUUGUUAGAAUUUAUAUAAAAUGUUGUGUUUUUUUGCUUUUACUUGGAAUGUUUAAAAGUCAUCUUCUAUGUGCCAUUUCACUCAUCCCAAACCUUUCUGCUCCACUUUUACAAUUCUUUUCUUUAAUUCAUGGCAAUAAUUUUAUCUCCCGGUUUGAAUAAAGUGCAGCAAAUUAUAUUUACUAGCGUAAA